ACGCCUGUGAAUGAAACAAGGGUAAAGAGGCUCUGGGAUCCCUGUGAGGACAGGAAGAAAACCAGUGUGUUUUAAGUUAUGGAAUGGAUAGGUUCAAGGUGUUGCCAGGCAGAGACAGAAAAAGAAGAAAGUGCUUUGGGUUUUGUUCUUCUCUUCCAAAAUUGGGAAUAAAGAGAAGAAUGAAGGCCCGGGCUCCCCCUCCGCCAAACCAGCCUCCUGCUUCUUGUAAAGCUAAUAACGAACGCAAGUUGAGCACAGACGUGGGAAUGCUUCCUGAUCAGGGUGGGAUAAACAUGAAGGAAAACAUGAUUAACAGGACAGUGGACUUUACAGUAGUUUUCCCAGAUGGAGAUGAGCAGAAGAAUACUGUGCAUGGAAGUAAAGCUGUGAUGGACCUGUUAGUUGACUUGUGCAGCCAGUACCACUUAAAUCCAGCCCACCACACUCUUGAGCUUCAGUCCUGGGGGACCCAACAACCUUUGCAGUACAAGCCAAAUACACUGAUAGGGGCACUGGAUGUACAGAAGAUACUCCUCAAGGAAAAGACUCCUGAAGGAAAGACAAAGAGGCCUCCACCCAGGAUUCCCGAGAAAACCGUGAGGCUCGUAGUAAAUUACCUCAAGACACAAAAGGCAGUGGUUCGAGUGAAUCCUGAGGUGCCCCUUGAGAGUAUAAUCCCGGCCAUUUGCGAAAAAUGUGAGGUCAAUCAGGAACACCUCAUCCUCUUGAGAGAUACCAUCACCGGGGAGGAGCUGGAACUCACAAAGUCAUUGAACGAACUAGGGAUAAAGGAGCUCUAUGCGUGGGACAGAAAAAGAGUUUUCCCAUCAAAAGCUCAAUCUGAACCUUCUCUGAACUGUAGAGAGACAAGAAAUUCAAUUAGCUGUGACCCAGUGGAAAAAGAAAAGAAAAGAUUUCUGGGAUUUUUCAGAACUAAUAAAAGAAGCAGUAAGGCAGAAGACUCCUUAGUGAGGAUGGAUGUGGAUUAUGCCGGUGAAGAGCCUUUAAAAUCGACUACAGCAAGUCAACAAAGCCUGGAUAGAAUCACAACAGCUCCCAAUUCUACUUCAGUGAAUUCUUGUUCCAUGACUCUGGGUCCAUCGCUGUCUCUUGGGAACAUCUCAGGAAUGACUGCAAACAGCGAAAUCAAAAAGCGACGAGCGCCGCUCCCGCCAACCGUGAUGCCUCAGAGUGGGGAGACAAAUGGACAAGAAAAAACACAAAGUCAGCAAAUGUCUCUGAGUUCAUCGCAAAAUGAAUUUCAGAAGAAAAAGAGACGUGCCCCUCCUCCACCAGCUCCACCAACUCCCACAAUGCCAAACAAGAUAGAUGAAAUGGAGGACAAGAGGCAGAGCACAGUGGGUGAUGGACGGCAUGUGCCACAAAAGCCUCCUAGAGGCAACACGCGUGGUCCACCCCAGUUAGUGAUUCCCCCGCCCCCACCAUACCCUCCUCCAGACUCAGAUAUGGACCCACCUGUAUUGUACAAUGGAACAGAUGGUACAGACACAACCAAGCUGGUACCUAAAUAUAACUUGCAGAGCAGCCACACCAUUCAAGCUUUGGACAAUCUUAUUCUGGAACUGUCAGAAGCAGAGGAGACUACCUCUGUUAGCAGCUGCUUUGCCUCAGAGGACACCACAGAAGAUUCAGGAGUUAUAAGCUCUCCCUCUGAUAUUGUGUCGUUGGAUUCGCAAAAUGAUAGUGUGAGGUCGAGAGACAAGUCUGUCAAUGCCCAGGAGAACUUGUCUGGAAUAGAGUCCACAGUCGUUGCAGAGUCUUGCUCUUUAAAGAAUGCUUCCUUCAAUUCUGAUGAGUCUGGGAAUUUUCACCAAAGCCCGGAAGAGGAUGAAGCCAUGGAAGUUAGAUUCAAAAAUUCAGAGACGCUCAUUGCUGCUCGGCUGGAGCAGACCUUGGCUGCAUUUGAUAAAGAACUAGCAGCAAUGGAAGGUACGCAUGAAGAUUCUGAAAGCGAGCCCAUACCCAGUGAGAUGGAUGGUCCCCUUCCACAAAACGUUGAGGCUGCAGAAGAUAUUCCACCUGUUGUGCCUGUGACAAUUAUAGAUGAAGUUCCGGAAGCCGAUAUCGCAAUGCACUACACGAGAGGAGGAGGAGACGUUUUGCUUUCCCAGACACAGGCUAAUGAAGAUGUUCCAGUUAAUCCCAUUAGCCCAGGGAAGCCAUCCAAUGAAAAUAACAAUGCUGGAUCUUUCAGUAAGGGAGAUGUGAACAGUGAUUCUCGUUAUUUAUCGAAGGGCUUAUUACAACAGCCAUCACCUGAUCCAGGGUUUAGGCACCGAAAUGAAGAAGAGCAGAAAUACGAGUUUCAGGCGUCCUCGUGGGAGAAAAGGAAAAAGGAGGAAGCAACCCUGGAGGUUGUGUCUAAAAACGUCACCAACUUCAAGCUUAUGGACAAAGUUAAUGGUGCAAAGGAGAAAGCAAAGUCACUUAGUGAGCAGGACGCCAAGGAAGGAAUUCCAAGCAAAACAAAAACUGAACUGGAAUUCAGGCCAGGAUCAGCGAGAUCCACCAAUGACAAGGAAGCUGCUCCACCACCGUCCCCAUGGUGCAGCCGUGUCCACAGCGUAGUAGCAAGCUAUGAGCCUAAGAUAGGCCUGACAACCUUCAAAGUUGUUCCUCCCAAACCAGAAGUAAAACGCUUUGACGCGGAUGUGUCUCUCUCCACUGGUGCCAUUAAAAUAGAUGAGCUGGGCAACUUGGUGACUCCAAACCCCGGGGGGAUUAAAAAGGUUGCCGUGAACACACCUUUGAGUGAAACAGGGGGAACCCUCGUUGGGAGAGCCAAAGCGUACUGGAGGUCCAACUCUAUGGAAAAACCGCUUGAGGAGUCCCCAGAAGGUUCUUCUAAUAAAUCACCAGUCAUCCAUGUUUCCAAACCCUUCAGUAAAGCAUCUGAAACUAAGCAUGACUGCCUUACAGGUCUGAAAGUGGCAACCGUGCCACAAGUUGGUUCAAAAGCAGUUGGAAAUAAUUUGGGACCCGAAAAAACGAAGCCACCCUUUCCUGUCACGCAGUAUCCAAUGAAAGCACCCACUGCCCCAGUCGGUAACAAAGAUAAGGUUGAGUUACCAUUUCAGAAGCCCCAAAGGAGAACAUCCAGCCAUUACGUAGCCUCUGCUAUUGCAAAAUCCUUGGAUCCACCCCAGUUGAGAACCAGUCGGGAAAAACGUGACAAGGAAGAAGAAAACAGUGAUCAAAGAGGGGCAAAAGCCGAAAUGGAAUCCCUUCCUAAAAGAUGCAUUAUUGUGGCCAAAUCCUGCCCCGUGGAACCACAGCCAGCAAGAACAAAUGAAGGUUAUUCACGCAUCUUCAGUUGCGAUAAAAAUGCAGCAAAUAAACUACCAAGCGGUGCUCAGUCCAAGAUGAAAAGCCACACUGCCAACAUUACGUCGCCGAAUCAGAUCAGUCCUUCUAGUUGCUAUGGAAGAAGCUUCAGUGCGCCAUUUUCCACACUGUCUUCUCAAGGCGGCAUCACGGAAGAGGAGACCAGUCGCAGCUCCGCACAAAAUGUAAUUGUUAAAGAAACGUCAUCUAUAGUCCAUCAAAAUGGGGAGCCGGCUGGUCAGACUAGCUCCCUUUCCUCCUUUAGACCAUGUAAUGCUCCCUCAUCUCCCAUUGCUUGCAACUCCCUUGUGAAGUCAGGUAGCGGGCAUACCAUCCACAGUGGAUCUCUGAAAUGUAAUGGUACCCCUCUGGUAAACCACGUGGCUUCGAGAAAAGAAGAGAACCUUGGCGGUGCCUCUGCCGGGAAUGAACUGGAGGCUAAUAUCAGGGAUGACAACAUCUAUAGUGUCUUUGGGCCAAAGAAAAGGUUUAAACCAGUCAUCCAGAAACCGCUUCCAAGAGACACGUCACUUCAUGGUGCUUUAAUGGAAGCCAUCCAAACUGCAGGAGGAAGAGAAAAGCUUAGAAAGAUUCCGGUCAACGCUGUAAAUGGAACUCAGAGGAAAGGAUCGGUUUCAGAACCAGAGAACGAGCGCUCUGCCCUCCUGGCAGCCAUUAGAGGUCACAGUGGAGCCUGCAAGCUGAGGAAGACCUCUUCAUCUGCUUCUGAAGAACUGCAGAGUUUCCGAAAUGCAGAAUUAGGCUUGCAGAUCAGAGAAACUUCUCCGAUAGAGCGACUGUGUAAUCCUCCUCUGCCAUCGCUGCCGCCGCCACCACCACCACCUCCUGCUCAUUUGUCAACAAGAACGCCUAGGCCCCUUGCAAAUAGCAUUACGGAAAACCCAGGCGAUGCAAGACAGGCCCUGAUGGAAGCCAUCCGUUUAGGCACUGGGGCAGCACGCUUAAGAAAGGUCCCCCUGCUCGUUUGAACACUGGAUUCUCCAGUUACAUAAUCUCACCCGCAUCCUUAUCCGUCA